AUGUCCGCAUCAUCAGGCCCGCCUCCCGUGAACGAACGAAAACGCGUCAAAGUCUACGAGCUCAGGAACAACGACUGGUUUGACCGCGGCACUGGUUUCUGCCGCGGCGAGAUCAAAUCCAACGAGGAUGCACGCAUCAUCGUGACCUCGGAAGACGACCAGUCGCGCCAACUGCUCGAGACGCGCAUCUCCAAGGACGAUGGCUACCAGAAGCAGCAGGACACGCUCAUUGUGUGGACCGAGCACAAUGGCAUUGACAUGGCCCUCAGUUUCCAAGAGCCAGAGGGCUGUGCGAACAUUUGGGACUUUGUCAACAACAUUCAGUCUCAAUUGCAGUCGCUCGCACAGGAAGAUGGUCUCUCAGACGAACUCGACCAAGCCAGCCCCAUACUCCUUCCCAAUCCCGACCUGGGCAACCUUCACGAAAUCGAAAACCACAUGCGCGCAGCCAAUUCGACACCGGGCGGUCGUGAAGCGCUGGCCAAAUUCAUUCUCAAUCAGCACUACAUACCCAAGCUGAUUCCCCUCGUGGAAAUGGCCGAGGAUCUCGAGAGCGUCUCCGACCUGCAUCGCCUGUGCAGCAUCAUGAAGAUGCUCAUACUGCUCAACGACUCUGCCAUUGUGGAAUACGUCGUCACGGACCCCAUCAUUCUAGGCGUUGUGGGCGCUUUGGAAUACGACCCCGACUUUCCGCUACACAAAGCCAAUCAUCGACAGUACCUCGCGGAUGAAUCCAAGUUCAAAGAAGUAGUCCGGAUCGAGGAUGCAAACAUCAAGCAAAAGAUCCACUACACGUAUCGGCUUCAAUAUCUCAAAGACGUCGUCCUCGCCCGCAUUCUCGAUGACCCUACGUUUUCGGUUCUCAACUCGCUCAUAUUCUUCCACCAAGUCGACAUUGUGCAGCACCUCCAGGCAAACGACCAUUUCUUGAAGGAGCUCUUUGCCAUCUUUGGGCCGAAAGAACGCAGCUUAGCACGCAAGAAGGACGCGGUGCUGUUCAUCCAACAGUGCUGUGCGAUAGCCAAGAGCUUGCAGGCUGGUGGUCGAACCCAGCUAUACCAAAACUUCAUUAGCCAUGGGCUUUUGGAAGUCAUACAGUUUGCGCUCAAGCACCACGAUGCUUCAGUCCGCGUAGCAGGAACCGACAUUCUGGUCUCUCUUAUAGACCAUGAUGCGCUCAUGGUGCGCAGCUACAUCUUCAAGGCGAUUCAAGAAAAGUCCAAACCCCUGACCGACACGCUGAUUGAAUUGCUCUUGAUUGAAGUAGACCUCGGAGUCAAGGCCCAGAUGGCUGAUGCGAUCAAGAUUUUGUUGGACCCCAAUGCCAACUCGGCCUCGAUUGAAGCGCUCGGACGUAGCAACAGUGAAUUCAUGGCCAAGAUGAGGACGCAGCUACCCUCCAUUCCUCAAACAGAUUCUUUUAUCCAAAACUUCUACGACGAAUCCGCCAGAAAGCUUUUCCAGCCGCUCAAGGAUCUUGAAGGGCGGGACUCUAUGGACAAUCUCUCCAUGCAAGAAGUCUCCCUCUACGCGCACUUGGUCGAAGUCUUGUGUUUCUUCAUACGGCAGCACUCUUUUCGAAGUAAAUACUUUAUUCUCUCAGAAGGCCUAGCGGUGCGUGUUGCGCAGCUCAUGGCCUGCCCUGAGAAACAUCUCAAGCUGACCGCACUCAAAUACUUCCGCACUGUUAUUGGCUUCCAUGACGAGACGCACAAUCGCCAGAUUGUGCAACAUCGACUGUUUGAGCCGAUUUUGAAGGUCUUGUUCGAGACCAUGCCUCGAGACAAUCUGCUCAACUCGGCCUGCCUGGAAUUAUUCGAAUUCAUCAAGCGGGAGAACAUCAAGAUGAUUGUCCAACAUCUCGUGGAGACGUAUCGCGAGAAACUGCAGGCCAUCACCUAUGUCGACACCUUUCAAAAUCUCAUACUGCGAUACGACCAGAUGCACGAGCCUGUCACGACGCAGGAACUCGACCACUCCUUUACCAGUGUUGACAGCGACACGCCUGUACGACAUGCCGCAGCUAUGAAUGGCGGCAAGUGGGGACAGGCGCUCAAGGACGUGGAUGCAGAUGAAGAGGCAUACUUUAACACAUCCGACGACGAGGAUGAGCCUAUUGGUGGGGCUCCAAAGUCGAUACUGAACGGCGCCUCGCCUGUGCGACCACUGGUCAACUAUCCAGAUGACGAUGCGGAUGAUGACGAUAUGGACAUACUCACGGCGGAGAUGCCCGAGUCCGCGCACAAGAUGUCCAUGUCCACACAGACCAAGGACGACAACACAUCACCAAAAUCUGCCUCGGCAAGCUCGCCUCCUGAGCGCAUAUCCGAGAAGCGACGGCGAGAAGAGGACGAAGAGGACGAGCUACUCGCCAGCAUUUCCACCUCUGCAGGACCUAAACGUCGUGCCUCGACAGCCAGCAACACCAGUGCAGGCAGCCUACGGAGCCUGCGGAGGAAAUCACCAAACGUCAACUCGGGCAAGGACGGGGGAGGCGGGCCCAAGAAGAUUUUGCCCAUACCGCUGAAGAGCGUUGGCGACAAUGGUGAAGGCGAAUAG